AUGAAUGAUGGCAUUGAAGGUUUUACCUGUACAUGCAACGAAGGAUAUAUUGGAGAUGGAUUGACUUGUGACGACGAAUGUAACAACCCAAGUGUCUGUGGCGUGAAUGCUGACUGCACCAACACAACAGGCAGCCAUGUGUGCACAUGUAAAACUGGCUACACUGAAGAUGCAAUGAUGAUGUGUACAGAUACCGAGCCACCACAAUUUCAAGAUGGAACUUGUCCGUCAGAUGUAGAUGAAGUUGCAGGAGCUGGGAUGUCAGACAAAAUGGUGACUUGGAUUAAUCCAUCAGCUAGUGAUACUACUGGUGUUGCUCCAACUAUUGUAUGUACACCACCAUCUGGCAGUGACUUUAUAAUUGGUACUCAAGAUGUCACAUGUACAGCUACUGAUGCAGCUGGAAAUCAGGCUACACCAAACUGCAUUUUUGAAGUCGCAGUAACAGAUAACGAGGCUCCACAAUUUCAAGAUGGAACUUGUCCGUCAGAUGUAGAUGUAGUUGCAGGAGCUGGGAUGGCAUACAGAAUGGUGUCUUGGACUGAUCCAUCAGCUACUGAUAAUAGUGGUGUUGCUCCAACUAUUGUAUGUACACCACAGUCUGGCAGUGACUUUAUGAUUGGUACUCAAGCUGUCACAUGUACAGCUACUGAUGCUUCUGAUAAUCAGGCUACACCAAACUGCAUUUUUGAAGUCGCAGUAACAGAUUAUAACGAAUGUGAAGAUGGUCCAAGUGACUGUGACAUGAAUGCUGACUGCGCCAACACACCAGGCAGCCAUACGUGCACAUGUAGAGCUGGCUACACUGGAGAUGGAGACACAUGUACAGAAUGUGAUGACGGGAAAUAUGGACUGAAUUGUGCCUCAGAAUGUUCCUGUGUAUCACGUGGUACAUGUAACAAAGUGACUGGUCAAUGUACAUGUAAUCCUAUACCUGGUUUUGAUGACGCUGUAUGUGACAAAGUUGACUUUCAGAUGUCAUUGACACGAGCUGAUGGUAUGACUGGACCUGUUCUUGACACUCAAGCCAUCGAUGAUGUGGAACUCAUCUGCACUGUGAAUGUAUUACCAGCAGACCUGGUUGGCCCUGUUCUAAUAAGAUACCCAGAUAGGAAUGAAUUCCCAACCACACUUGAUUCCAAUCAACAUGUCUAUAGAGAGACAGUUAUGGAUGUACAUCCAGGAGAUAGCGGUGACUACACCUGUGUCAUCAAAAUCCUUCCUCGACCAUCUGAUUCCAUUGAAGAUAAAACAAGUGUUUACAGUCUAUCCGUUGUAGAUCUGGAUGAGUGUGCAACAAACAUGUUUCAAUGUGAUGUCAAUGCCAACUGUGUUAAUGAGGAUAUGGAGGGAGGAUACAACUGUGUGUGUAAUGAUGGCUACAGGUAUUCUGCUGAUGGGAGCACUUGUGAAGAUAUUGAUGAAUGUACGGAUGCUACAUUGAUGGACGACUGUGUCACGAAUGCUGACUGUACCAAUACAGCUGGCAGUUUUUACUGUACAUGUAAACCUGGCUACUCUGGAACUGGAAAUGUUGCAUGUCGAGUCUGCAAUCAGGGUUACUAUGGAUUAGGAUGUAUUGAGGUUUGUACGUGUGUAGAACCAGUACCUGCACUAAAUGAUGUCAUGUGUAACAACGUUGACGGUACAUGCACCUGUAAUCAAGAAUUUCCAGGAAAAGCUUGUGAUAAACGUGAUCUUACUGUUACAUUGACACCGGAUCCAUAUCCCGUCCUGGACACAAAAGGAGUAGACACUGUAACAUUAGUUUGUUCCGUCAACCUCCAUUCAAGGGAUCUUGAGUCAGUUAACAUAACUUUCCAAAAUGGUACAGAGAUACCGGACACAACAUUUAGCAAACCCUCUGAAGGCAGAUAUAUACGGACUCUAAAUGACAUCUCUCUGGCAGACAGUGGUACAUAUAGAUGCACAGCUACAGCCAGGAUUAAUGAAGUACCUUCGACAAAAGACGGAGAUGUCACCUUGGAUGUUCUUGCACCUGGACGAAUCAUUUCGGUAACUGAAAAAGUCGAAGGUAAAUUGAUGGCAACUGUCUCAGUUGACUGCAUAGUGUAUGCAGAUCCUGCUCCAAAUAUCACCUGGUAUGAUCCUGAAUCAGUGGUGAUCGUAAACGAUGAUAUGAAAUACACAGUUUCAAGCUCAACUGACUUCGACCAGGGGCGACUGACCAGUUCUUUAUCUGUGAUGAAUCUUAGCAGAGAUGACGGUGGAAAUUACACGUGUGAGACUCGAAAUGAUUUAACAGAUGAAGUGGACAAAAAGUUUGCAGAAGUUGUCGUCAUAGAGGUUCCAGAGGUAGGCCCCGUGGCUGCCACUCCAGUGAGCUCCGAGGCAAUUGAUGUGACUUGGAUAGUAACAUAUGAUGGUAAUCUACCAUUCACAUGUAAAGUGGAGUAUAGAGUAGAUCAAAGUGGCAUAUGGAUGGAAUCUACACCACGUCCUUCCCAACAGUCCGAGUCGCAUCAAGUAACUGGAUUGGAAGCCUUCACUUUAUACUCAAUACAAGUUACUUGUAGGAACAGAGUUGGAAAUGGUAUACCUUCUAUACUUGUCACCUCAGUCACAACCAAGCAAGCUGCCCCAAGUGCGCCUCGAAACCCAAAAGUAACCGAAGCUACUUCUGAGAGCCUUACUGUAGCAUGGGAAGAACCUGAAAUGAAGAGAGGAACUAUAGCAUCGUAUCGUGUAACAGUUGAAGGCUCAUCACAAACCUACAAUACUUCAGGUCCUGGUAAUCCAGCGCCUCUCUCCCUGCUGGUGACUGGACUGAAUCCCUUCACAAAUUACACCCUUUUUGUAACUGCAUUCAACGAGGAAGAUUUAGUUCCGCUGAUGGGAGAAGAUUCUAUGACAAUUACCGGGGAAACGGCUGAAUCCACACCAACAUCUCCACUCAAUGUUGAAUUGAACAACACGGGCAAGACGUGUGUCGUCACUUGGGAUCGACCUCAAAGGGAGAAUGGCAUCAUCUUGACAUACAAGAUUUCUCGACUUGCGCACUUCUAUGAUGGUCUGGAUCCAGACUUGAGUAAGACUGAUACAGUUGAAGUUUUAGGAGAUCAACGGUCUUACUCUGUUGAAAAAAUCGAUCUUCAGGCGUACGCUCGGUACAGGUUUGCAAUCACCGCUUCAACAACCGUUGGAAGGGGACCCCUAAGUGAAACGACCGUCGCCACAUGUGAUUCUCCACCUUCAGCUCCUCCCGAUCCUCCGACGCCUAGGAGUGUUAUGCUCGAAGAAACAAUUACUGACGAAACUUUUGUGAUGGCCUUGGAGAAUGCGUCUUCAAUUUAUGGUCCAAUAAGCUGCUAUGACAUUAUAGUUAUUCGAAUUGAAAAGGAUGCUACGUUCAAUCACUCCGGUGCAGACCCCGAUAAGCUGUAUCCUCCAGAUAGCAUAAUGACAUAUGAGGACUCCAUUGAAAAGGCGGGCCCUUACCUCGCAGUGGUGAAAAACGGGAAAGAACUCCCUCCGACUGUAGAGAUAGGUGGAACAAGGGGGUCAUUCUGUGGUGAUAGUAGUGGUGACAGCUCAUCAAAGAGGAAGAAAAGGGCUACGCCAAGUCUACAUAGGGGGGAUAAUGGACCACUUCAACCAGAAACAAGAUAUUCAGCUUUUUUGCGAGCUUUUGUCAGGCUGGAUAACGGAUCGGUAAAGAUGUUCACCUAUUUCUCACAUUGCUACACAUUCAGUUUAAAGGAUUUGGGAUUCCUGCUGCCUCAAUCCUUCAAAAUCAACCAAUAA